CGUCAGCGAAUCAGAUGAACGGACGUCUGCGUACGUAAUUAAUAUUCAUGAGCACAAUGAUUUGAAAGCAAAUAUAUGCCCCAAACGUCGAUCAGAGAGUACUCAACUGAGCUCGUUCGUCAUGGAUUUUGAUCUGGCUGCAGCUGUUGGAGAUGAGGAGGUGAAGAAGAAGGAGGGUAAACAAGUGGAAGGAAUCUUUGGAAAGAAGGAUAAAGAUAAACACAAGAGCAAAGACAAGCAUAAGGAUAAAGACAAAAAGCACAAGGAGCAUAAAGAUAAGCACAAAGAUAAAGAACAUAAAGACAAAGACAAGAAGAAGAAGGACAAGGAACACAAGAAGAAAGAUGGUGGAAAGUCCUCCUCCUCCUCCUGCUCCAGCAGCGAUUCGCCGAAGACUUUUCAGGACCACACUUGCAACCAAGGGGUGAGAAAGAAUUCCCAGAAUACCCCAGCAACAGCUGCACCCGGAAGACUGAAGCUGAAGACCUGAGUUUGGACCAGGACUUCCUGACACACUAAUGUUUUUAGUAAAAAAUAAAAAUAAAAUGUUUAUGUAAACGUCAUUAAAUCAUGGAAAUGUAUUGAUUUUAUGUAUGUUAGCUAGUAUGUCAUAUCGCCUAUAAUGUAUAUUUAUCACAUCUGAAUAUACAAUGCACAACACGAUGUUAAAACUGUGACAACAUACCUCAUGUAUACUGUGACGACCCCAUCUUUAUUACACUGUACUGUUAUACUGCUAAUAAUACAUUAUUGCCAAUAGAAAUAAAGUGACUGGAAAUAAACUUGUGAGAUGAG